CCACCGUGACGACGGUAACUAAGAAGUGAAAUGCCCGACAUUCAAUGUAAACAAUAUGGCGAGCGAGGUUUGUCUGAAGGACAUUCCGGACGAUUUUUCAGUGGCAUUUCUGAAUUAUACACCAAUUUUAAGACAGAAACAAAGGGCUAUAGCCUUUGUUAAAGACUCGUACAUAAAAUCUGUGAAGAUUUUUUCGGGGGAAACAGCCAAUAGUGUACAAAUUACAGCCAAAGUUUACCGGAGUCAGCGAAAGAGUGACGAACCACAUCGGGUAGAUCUUGAUGUAAAUAUACAAGAAAAGAACUUCAAUGACGCACAUUGCAGUUGUAAAGCAGGUUUAUGUAUGCAAUUGGCAACUUCAAAGAAUGUCGGCAUAAAGUAUCACCCGAGUGAAGAUAUUCAGGAUAUCUGGUCAAUGUGCCCAUGUAUUGGCAGUCAUCAAUUUACUGGAGCAGUGGAAGAUCUCUGGGUACAAGGAGGUACCCUCAGAGAUUUCCUCAACCAGUUUGCCCCAGCAAUGGGAUAAACCCCGUGGUGAUAAAAUAAAAGCUGAAGCUGUUUCCACUAUGAUCAUUUCCUGUCCAACAAAUCUUGACAGGAAAAGAAAGCCAGUUAUAGCAUCCUAUAUUGAUACCAGGAAUAUUGACAUAAGUUUAGAUGACAUCAAAGAAUUGAAGAAAUUAAAGCAAAGUCCAAUUUCAUAUCUGGCAGGCGAAACAACAACCAACUUGACAGUGAAUACUCCACUUGGAGAGCAGUUGAUUGGUUCAGCUCUUAGUUAUCAUGCACCACUCAUUCAGCCAAUCACAAAACCCCGAACUGCAUGGAGUUGUGGAGAUACAGUAUUUCCCAAGGCCUUACCUUCUGAUCUCCAGAAUAUUCAACAACUUGCUCAUGAGUGGAAAGAACUGAAUUUAACUUUGAGUGAAGCAACUGAGUUAGAAAAAUCAACUCGCUCUCAAAGUUUUGAUGAGAGAUGGCAUAUCGAACGAAAAAAAAGGAUUACUGCUUCCAACUUUGGACUCAUAAUGAAAAGGAAAAAGGAUAUAAAUGAGACAUUCUUGAAAAACACCUUUCAGAAAAGAGAGUUUACAUCAUCAUCUACAUCCUAUGGGAAAGCGAAUGAACACAUUGCGAAACAGAUGUAUUUAAGAAAAACAGGAAAUCACCUUCAUGACGUAGGCUUGAUUGUUAACCCAGAUUUGCCUUUUCUUGGUGCGACACCUGAUGGUAUAAUGUGUGAGGAAUCAACAACAGCAAUAAUUGAAAUUAAGUGCCCGUAUUCUGUCAGAGACAUGUCUAUUUGUGAAGCUUGUGAGACAAGGAAAGAUUUUUUCCUCCAAAAAAAUGGUGAUUUGUAUUCUUUAAAACAUGAGCAUGCUCACUGGUAUCAAGUUCAGGGUCAACUGCUUGUAUCUGGGGCCGCGUUUUGUGACUUUAUUACUUACACCAAGCAAGACUUUUAUGUCGAAAGAAUUUUUCCCCACACACCUACCAUGGAUGCCUUGGUCCAAAAAUUGAGCGCGUUUUAUGUAAAUCACUUUAAGCCAUUUAUGCAAAACUGAUUCUGAUAGUUAAGAUUGUCAGGUUUUGUUUGAUGUUUUAUGUACAAACAUGUUAAUAUUUUUUAUAUGAAAUAAACAACAUUAUUAUACUGUAUAUUUUGAUUUUAGAUGGUGCCAAGCAUAAUACAAAACAAACUCUCAGGCCAUCCUUAAAAAAUUGUUUGUUUGGAAUUGCCGCCUGAAGGGUUUAAGACACAGGAGGGAGGGCGGGAAAUUUUUUUUUUUUUUUUUUUGAAAUUGAAGAUAAAUUUUUGAUAAAAAUCUCUGUAAACAGUAAAUGCAUUUUCUGACUUUUAUAAAAAGUAUCUACCAUCAACAAAAACCCUAAUUUUACAUAGAGCUGACACUAUAUUUCAGUGUUUUGUAUGGUGCAUAUGAUACAUGUAAUGGGCAAA